AUGAGCGACAGCAAUAAUUCGGAUCUAUCUGCUGGCCUAACGAACCACAAAAGAUCACACUCAUUCAACAAUCAUCAAAGCUACACACAACACACGCAACAAACGCAAAAAAAUAAACAAAAGAAUCAGUCCGCGCGAUGGCUACUGAAUUCAUGUGACUCUCUCGACCAAUCUCCUGCCAAGGCAAACAAAACCCCUAUCGGCAAGAAAUUUUCAUCUGUUGACUUUAUCGACACAGCAGCCUCGAACUACAGCAACAAAGGGUGGAGCAUUACAUGUUUAAGGCCCGCGCCGCCACUCAGGCCUCAAUCAUUCACGGUGGGUUCGGAUGAAAACAUUGGCCCGACGCACCCUUAUGCCCCACAUCAACGCAAGUCCAAUUCUUACGAAGAAGACGCCCUUAUUUUAAAAGUUAUCGAAGCGUAUUGCACGUCAGCACGGUGCAGAAAUGCUGUUAGUUCUGUGGACUGCGGCCACUUAUCUCUUGGUAAAGUACAAUAUCACGCACCCGCUACUAACAUACCUCACUAUAACUACACUAAACUUCCGACCGUUCAGCGAAGUAACACGCCCGAUUAUUCCGGCUGUAACAAAUCGUCAAAAGUAAAACGUAACAAAAGUUCCUCUGCGGCGGACUCGUACGUAUACCGGGGGCCGGACACGAGGAGGCUCUUGUCCGAACAAAAAUUCGUCAUGAACCGCUCUAAUCCUAAUCUGUGGGAGUGUUCGGAGGAACGUAGACAGAAGCUAUUGUGCGGAAGAGAAAGACGCAGCGGAUCUCAUCCCAGCUUAGCAGCGCCUUUGAGGGCCGUCUUAUCAGUUCCUUCGCCUUCGACGGCGUCCCGCUCAGCGCGAUCGUCUACUUGGUGCUGUGGCACUUUUGUUAAACAUCUCACGAAAUCUCAUCAUUUUGACUGA